AUGAUAACACUUAAUAGAAAAUUUAAAAAAGAAAAUUCUGAGACUACAAAUGGUGUUACUUUGGAUGCACCUAAAAGGAUAUCAGUGAGAGAUAAAUUAUUAGUAAAAGAAGUACAAGAAAUGAAUGAAAAUCUACCUACAACAUGUUCAGUGCAUUUUGAGGACCCUAACACGUUGAAUGAGUUCAUUUUAACUGUCACUCCCGAUGAAGGUUACUGGCUUGGAGGCAAGUUUAAAUUUAGUGUGUUCGUCACUGAGGAUUAUAAUAUGGCGCCUCCCAAAGUGAAAUGUCUGACAAGGCUUUGGCAUCCCAACAUAAAUGUUGAUGGAGACAUUUGCUUGUCCUUGCUUAGGCAGACAUCAAUAGAUGAACAUGGAUGGGCACCUACAAGAAGACUUAAAGAUGUUGUUUGGGGACUUAAUUCUCUCUUCACUGACCUCCUCAAUUUUGAAGACCCUCUCAACAUUGAAGCAGCAGAAAUGUACAAACAGAAUAAAACACAAUUUCAAAUUAAAGUACAGGAAUACAUAGCAAUGUCGAAGGGUAAGAGAUGA